GCCCUCGGCGAGCACCGCCCCGCUGGACAGCUCAGGCUGCUCAGUUUUCUGGCUGCAGUCUGGGAUUCAUCUCCCGCCCUCACAGACCCAAAUCCAGAAAUCGAAACUGCACCGGUUCCCAUGCAGAAGGCGCCCUCACCCACUGGAUCUCCCUGCCUCCAACAGGACCCUGCCCUGACCCCCACGCCCACCAUGCCUCCCCCGGAGGACCCCUCCGAAGACCAUGAACACAGCCAAAGCCCCGCGGAGCAAGCCAUGAAGGAGGAAUUCCAGUUUCUGCGCUGCCCGGGCUGCAAGGCCCAAGCCAGGUGCCCCAAGCUGCUGCCUUGCCUGCACACGCUGUGCUCUGGAUGCCUGGAGGCGCCGGGCUUGCGGUGCCCCAUCUGCCAGGCGCCGGGGGCUGGCUCUGAGGAGGCCCUGGAUAACGUGUUCUUCGAGAGCCUGCAGCGGCGCCUGGCGGUAUUCCGGCAGAUCGUGGAUGCGCAGGCUGCGUGUACCCGCUGCAAAGAGUCGGCUGACUUCUGGUGUUUCGAGUGUGAGCAGCUCAUGUGCCACAAAUGCUUCGACGCGCAUCAGUGGUUCCUCAAGCACGAGGCCCGGCCCCUGGCCGAGCUCCGCGACAGCUCAGUUCGCGAAUUCCUCGACAGUACGCGCAAGUCCAACAUCUUCUGCUCCAAUACCAACCAUCGCACCCCCGCGCCGACCAACAUCUACUGCCGAGGCUGUGCCAAACCUCUGUGUUGCGCAUGCGCCCUCCUGGAUGGCGACCACAACCAUCUCCGGUGCGACAUUGGCGACGAGAUCCAGCAGCGGUAUGAGGAGCUGGGCACCAUGACGCAGGCGCUGCAGGAGCAGGACAGGGUCUUCGACAGUGCUCACGCGCAGAUGCGCACCACCAUAGGCCAGCUGGAGCACGCACGCGCAGACACGGAGGAGCGGAUCCGCGCACGCGUUCGCCAGGUGGUAGAGCAUGUGCAGGCGCAGGAGCGCCAGCUGCUUGAGGCGGUGAAUGCACGCUACCAGAGGGACUACCAGGAAAUAGCUGGUCAGCUGGGCCACCUGGAAGCUGUGCUGCAGCGCAUCCGCAGUGGUGGCGCGCUGGUCAAUAAGAUGAAGCUCUAUGCCUCCGACCAGGAGGUGCUGGACAUGCAUGGCUUUCUGCGCAAGGCCCUCUGCCACCUGAGCCAGGAGGAGCCCCAGAACCAGCAAGUCCAGCUGCGCACCAGCGGGUUCGAGGAGUUCAAGUGGUGCCUGCAGGACCUCAUCUCCUGUAUCACCCAGAGGACAGAUGCAGCUGUAGCCAGGAGAGCCACCCCAGAGGCAGCCAGCAUUCCCAGGGACUCUUUGGACCUUGAGCAGCCCAGUGAAGUGCAGAGGACCCAGGCUCAGGCCCUGAGGCUGUCUAAGACCCCACCUGUGGCUGUGGUGCAGUCAGUGCCUGGAGCCCACCCUGUGCCAGUAUAUGCUUUCUCUAUGAAAGAAGGCUCCACCUAUCGAGAGGAGGUCUCUCAGACAAUCACCCCCAUGAAGAGGAAGUGCUGCCAUAGCGAUUGCCGCAGGAAGAUCAUCAAGAUGGAGUCCACAGAGGAGGAUGAGAACAGGUUGAUCUCUAGCUCCCCUGAGCAGCCCAGGCCCAGCACUUCCAGGGCCAUCUCUCCUCCCCAUCUGGAUGGGCCAUCCAGCCCUGAGAGCCCCAUCCGAGAAAAGGAGACCCCCCCGCCCACCAGCAACCAUGUUACCAGCGACACAGAGAAAACAGAAGAGCGAAUUGUGGUGAUCAGCAGCUCGGAAGACUCAGAUACCGAGAAUCUGCCCCAGCUCCUUGGGAAAAUCUCAGAGGUAGAAAGAGCUCUUCCCAUCCUUGCGGCCAGGUGUUCCAGCAAGGACAACCUUGAUGCUGGGGAGCCGAACCUCAUAGCAAACCUGCCGUGGGUCCCGGAAGGCUCCUCUGUGCAGCUGAGCCUUCCCACGAGCUGGAAGAUAGCAGCAGUGAGUCCAGUGGCCUCCAGCUGGAGGGCCCCAAUUCCCUCAGGGCAUUGGACGAGAGCCUCGCUGACCCCCAAGCAGAAGACAGGCCCCUGGUUUUCUUUGACCUCAAGAUUGACAAUGAAAAAAAUUAGCCAACUGGCAGCCGUGAAUCGGGAAAGCAAGUUCCGAGUGCUCAUCCAGCCCGGGGCCUUCAGUGUCUACUCUAAGGCCGUCUCCCUGGAGGUCGGACUGCAGCACUUCCUCCGCUUCCUCACCUCCAUGCACCGUCCCAUCUUGGCCUGCUCUAAGCUGUGGGGGCCUGGCCUCCCCAUCUUCUUCAAGGCCCUGGAGGAUAUUGACAAGCUGUGGGAAUUCCAGGACGCCAUCUCCGGUUUCCUGGCUGUGUUGCCUCUCAUCCAGGAACGCAUCCCCGGUGCCAGCAGCUUCAAACUCAGAAACCUGGCCAAGACCUACCUGGCAAGAAACAUGAGUGAGCAGAGUGCCCUGGCGGCCGUGCUGGCCAUGCGAGACUUGUGCUGUCUCCUAGAGAUCUCUCCAGGACCACAGCUGGUCCAGCAUGUCUACCCCUUCAGUAACUUGCAGUGUUUCGCCUCCCUGCAGCCCCUAGUUCAGGCAAGUGUGCUGCCCCUGCCUGAGGCCCGCCUCUUGGCUCUUCACAACGUGAGCUUCCUAGAAUUGAUGACGGCAUACCGCAGCAACCGGCAAGAGGGCCUGAAACAGUAUGGCCACUAUCUGAGCCUGCAGACCUCAUCGGCUUCCGUCCAACUUACUCAAUACCUUCAGGCUCUGAGCACCUACCUAGAAGGACUGUUGGAAAGGCAUGCCCCGGCCAGGUCAGAAGGCAGCUCUACUCCUCUCUCUCGCCAGAGCUUGGCCAAAAAGGCCUCCCAGCAGAGCUGAAAGGAAGGGCUUAGCUGGUGGCCACAGAAGGAGGGGCAUCCCUGAGCCGGGCCCCACCCUUCACCACAUUCCCGGGUAAUGGUCUCCCAUACGGAACUGUUACUUAGUUCAGAAUAGGUGCCCUUUAUCUGGGACCAAACGCUCUUUCUCUAAAAUUCCCGCAGCAGACACCAAAGGCACGGCAGACCUAGCCCCUCCCUUUAGAAGAAGACUUGAGUAAAGAAGGCAUGGCCUCUGGGCGCUCUGAUUGGUUUUCACAUGGCCCCAGUCACCUCACCUACCACUACCACGGGUGGUCUUGCAGCUCUUCCCUAAUGCUCAGUGUCCCAAGCGAUCUGCUGAUAGACCCCACAGAUAACACCCUAAGGCAGAGGUUCUCAACCUGUGGGUUGCCACCAUUGGAAAACACGUAUUUAUGAUGGUCUUAGGAACCCCCAACCAUAACUGUAAUUUUGCCCCCGAGCAGUGUCUCAAUUCCUAAGACCAUCGGAAAUACACGGUUUCCCAUGAUGGCGACCCACAGGUUGAGAACCACUGCUCUAAGGUAAUGCUUAUCACUAUACCAGCAGCCCCAUGGGCACCCAAAGUGCCUUUCAAACCAAACUGCCCUUCAUGAAUUUGGGUUCUCCCAGCUCCCACUGUCCAGAGGCCAACUGUGUUCACUUUUUUUUUUUUUUUUUAAAAGCACUUUCAUUCCAAAGGGGCCUUCUAGCAGCAGAGAGAGGUAGAAGCUGUUGCUCCAUCCAUUUGUAACCCUGUUUCUACAGACUGACCCUUCCAACUUGGUUCUUAGUUCAUCAGGCCACCUAACCCCUCCUUGCACUCAGCCCUUCCAAGGGACACCCAGUGGGGCACUUGCGUCGAGAGCUUGGGAAGGUGAACCUGUGGGCUUUACUCGAGGUCCCUAGAAUCAGGCCUUCUGGAGUAGGGCCUGCAGCAUUAACAGGUUCUCCAGGUGAUGCCGUAUGCUCAGUUCUGAGCAUCACUGCUGUCACAGGCCACCUCCCCCUCAAAGAGAAGUAGAGAAAGCCCCUGGGCUGUGUUUAUUGAAUAUGAUUAGGAAAAGACCAGAGCUCCAGUGUUCUGUGAAGUGGGUUCUGGUUCUGGCUGACUUGCAUUAUUAACUCAGAGUCCCCAGCCAGCUCAGUCAUUGUGGGCUUUCAGGCAUGGACAGCAGCUUGCUGGAGCAGCAGAUAAGCAUCCUCACCCUUGGACCCUAGCUCUCAUGCCAAGCCUUUGGUCCCCAACCUUGUGAUCAUCUUGAAGGUCAGCUGUCUCCUGUGGUUAGCUGAACUGCGGCUGGUGUUGUCCACAUUCUCACCCUGACCCAUUCCCCGCUUCCUGCUCCCAGGGUAUUUCCCAGGUAGCCCAGAGGUCCAGUCUUGACAGGUUGGUGGUCUCCACUUUCAUGUGGAGACCCAUCCUACGGGUGUCCUGAUGUUCUAAGGCAUUCUACAGAAGCUCAUUCCUACCACAGUGAGGCUGGACCCUGACAGCCAACCAUUAGAGCUCUGGUUCUGGGUGGGGUGAGGACGGGAAAGGAAAAGAGGCUGAGACCCUAGCCUGGCUGUACAGGGCAAGGCGGUACUGGGGCCAUGUGUCAUACCUCGUCCUCAGCCUAUCCCUGAAGGAAACAGGGCCCACUGAGUCUCAGCCCCACCAGACCGCUGUCUUCAGUUGCAGCAGAUCAUGGAUUUAUGACCGAGGAAAGAAGGAAAGCCCUGCCCUAGCUGCUGUUACAGCCCUUAGUAAAUAUGUGAUUUUUUUUUUCCAAGACAGUGUUUCUCUGUGUAGCUCUGGCUGUCCUGGAACUCGCUCUGUAGACUAGGCUGGCCUCAAACUCACAGAGAUCCACCUGUCCCUACCCCCCAAGUGCUGGGAUUAAAGUUGUGCACCACCACUGCCUGGUAGAUAUGUGAAUCUUGAAAUCUUGAAAUCACAAACUCUACUCAGCCUUCCUUUCCUAGAGGGGCCAUCAAGCCCCCUCCUUCAUGGAGACAAGAGGCUCUCCCAAGCAUGGGUGAGCAGGAAAUUGCCCAACUUGACUCUGGGGGAAGUCUUUCCGAGUCUGGCAGAGCUGAGCAUCCCCUUGUUCAGAGCUAAAGGCAUUAAGGACAUGAAUCCUCUACUUCAAGUAGGGAGAAGCAGGUGGACUUUCCUCAGAAUGAUUCCCAAAGGUCAGAGGCACCAACUUUGAUAAUUACCUCCUAGAGCGAGGUGGGGGCCAAAGACAUGCAUGUGCUUUGCUUCUGGGGCCUCUCCUCGUUUCAAGUUCCUGGAGCAGGCAAUAAAAUCCUAUAAACUGGAAUUGAGGGGCAGCGUAGGACAUGGGCAGUGUGUUCAUACAGUGUCUUUGAUAUCCUGGAUGGAACUUAACGUAGAACGUCUGAGGCUUCGGUGCACACCACUCUAGUGCUCCUUGGCUGGAUGAACAGCCAGGUGACAGGCUUAUUCAACAACAUCAUCAUUAUACCCACUUGCUGCCCCAGCUGCCCAAGUUCCACUCCUAGAGUUUUAGUCUCUCAGUUUGACCCUUUGACCAAAAAAUUAUCAAAGUUUAAAUAUGCUGUAUGUGCUACAUUUUAAAAUUCUGUCAAGAUCUGCCCUACCACCACCAGCAGCAACAACCAAGACCUUAUUGGGCUACAAGUUUGGGCACUGGAAUUCAGUUCUCGGUAGCCUGUGGCCCUGAUCUGGUACUGUUGAUGCCCUGGUUCCCAGGCAGCUCCUUUAUAAAUGAGAUAAUAUGUAUUAAAUUUUUACAUCAUGA